GUGUUCUUGAUGAAAAUACAGUGGAAGACGAUAUUGUUGAUGUCCCUCCUGAUGUUGAUGGGUUGUAUAAAGACAGGCACAUCUCCCCAGCCCUCCCAACCGAUCAACAACUCAACCGGGAAGAGUGUUACACGAUGGAUCAGUGCAAUAAGGGUCUGGUCUUCAUCUUGAACAACUACCACUUCGGUCCUGAUAGUAAGAAGGAAAGAAAAGGGUCUGAUGUUGACUUAGCCAAUGUAAAACAUGUCUUCACCGAGAUUGGCUAUACGGCAGAUGAAGCUCAAGAUCUCACUGCUGAGGAUAUCAGACUGGAGCUGAAGAACUUAACCCGGAAGAUCUUACCCUCUCAUACUUCGGUGGUUCUGGUCUUCAUGAGUCACGGAAAGAAGGAAGGUAUCCAAGGUACCGACGAGGGAGUUGUGACCGUUGAGGAAAUCAAGGAUAUGUUCUCUGGGAACAACUGCCCCGCCCUGAUUGGGAAACCAAAGAUCAUGAUCUUCCAGGCUUGCCGUGGAGCGAAAGUAACGCCUAGUGCUCCAUCUCUCGCCACCUCCGUAGUGGAUAAUGGAAUAUGUACAGACUUCGUCGGGACUGACGGGGUAGCAAGGGAUGGAGGGGUAACCCUGGUAACAGAAGAUGAAGCAUGUUCGACAUCACCUGGUAGAGUUGGAGGAGGAGAAGUGGAAAUUGACUGCGGUGUACCGGACAAUGCUGAUAUGUACAUUGCUCAAUCCACGUCAGAAGGCUAUUACUCACUACGUGAUAGACAGAACGGAUCUUGGUUCAUCCAGGCCCUCUGUGAAGAGCUGAUCGCCAGUGCCCACGACCACCAUCUCGAUGACAUCAUGACAAAGGUUACAGACAGAGUGAAGCGACAGGAGAUAAGGAUAGAAAUCAACAAGGAACGACAUCUAACCAUGCAGACCCCGCAGAUUAUCAAACAAGGGAUAGGAAAGAAGAUCUUCUUCUUACCAAAAUACCCUCCGCCAGCGGGAAGUCAAUAAAUUAAGAGGCAUCUAUAAAUCUAAUCUUGAGCUCUGGAAUGCAGAGACGGUGGAGUCGGGGGGGGGGGGGUGCACAGUGCCCCUACUUUUUCAAGUAUCCCUAAAAUGUGUGUUUAAGAUAUGAAAGUUGUCCCCCUUUUCUCCAGAUAAGUGCCCCUUUUUAUAAGGGCCCGUUCCACAUUCUUAUAAGUGCCUCUUACCACCUCUGACAAGUGCCCCUUUCACCGAUGAUAAGCGGCCUCUAUAAAGAUCUUAUUAAGGUGCCCAUUUUAAUUUUACAAGUGCCCUUUUCUUUUGUAAUAAGUGCCUCUUCCUCUUCUGAUAAGUGUCCCUUUCCAUCUUUA